AUUUCGUGACAUAUAGUAAACACACCCUACAAUCAAAACAAACUACCUACUUGUACAGAAUUUCAAAAAAAACGCUUUUUUCUGAUAUAUUUAUUUACUUAAAUAAUCUCUAUAUAAAAUGUAUUCCAUAAUAUACAAUACGAGUUUAUUUUCCCUAGUGAUCCUUAGCCUUCUACCGUUCAGUGAGUCAGUGCGAUGUUAUCAGUGCAGCACAUCCGAAGAAAAAAAAGGACAAGAUCAGUGCGGGGCUUAUAGAAAAUUCGACAAAAGAAACCAUAUAGCCAUAGAUUGUCACAGUGAUGAGAGCCACAUGCCCGGCACCUUUUGUAUGAAAGUCACCCAGCAAAGCCCCAAAGGAUUCAUUUGGGAUGGUAGGUGGCGCCAAGUAAUUCGCCGUUGUGCCUCUGUAGCAGAAACGGGAGUCACUGGAGUCUGCAAUUGGGGAGUCUACGAUAACGGUGUCUACUGGGAGGAAUGUUACUGUUCUGAGGACGAGUGCAAUUCUGCCUCUUUUUGUAAAUUAUCAGCGGUUCUAGUGGGAAUUAUUGCUGUAUUUAGGUUAGUUUUGUGACCAUUUGUUAGGUGAUAGUUUUAGGAAUCUCAGACUUAAAGUGUACAUUGACUUUUUGGUCCCUAUUAAGGCUCCCAUGAACUUUUAGGGGUCAAACUAUUAAUGAUAUGUACAUUUUUAAAGUAAUUAUUGUUUUGUUGUGUUCUUUUUUUAUACUUAGUUACUCAUAAGCUCCAAAGUAAGACCUCAAGGUACAAUUAUUGUCCACAUUAGAAUAGAUUUAUUUCUUAAAGUGAAUAUAGUGUAAAUUAGUCCGUCCAUAUACAUUGUACUUAUACUGAAUAAAUAAUUUUUUACAUAUUUUAA